UUUCGGCUGGAAAACAAGUAUCAAAAUUCAUAAGCCCCAGAAGACAAUUGGAAGUAGAGAUGUAUUGGGAUUCACUACAAUUUUUGAGUAUCUCAACAAGGUGAAUCUGCCCAUUAUUCCUUCAUUGUUCAACAUGAAAAAUGGUAAUUAUACCUUCAAUUGGAUGAGAAACGAAGCAAAAAUGAAGAAAAUACUCAGAACAGAUGUCUUUUUAUCAUUGAACGUGUGGCCAAAUCGUUUCAAUAUGUCUGAAAAUUUGAUGUAUAUUGGCGAACCAAAAAAACUAUGCCCUAUAAAUAGUACAAAGAAGGAACACAAAGAACUUGAUCAACAAAUUUUAAAAUAUAUCGUUAAACAAAUAAUUCUCAACGUAUCCACUGCACUUCCUUCAGAAGAAUCCCUUGAUGAAGCAGUGGAUAUAAUUGAAACCAUCAAUGAUUACCUUUGUCGAAAAAUAAACAAAACAACAACCUCACCAGCACCAUAUCACAGAUCGUACAAAUUCCAAGAUCUACAACACGAAAUCGAUCUCUACAUGCAAAAGGAAAUAAAUAAAACAGAACCACUAUUAUUGCAGACCUACAUUGGAUACAUUUUCGAUGGAAUUAAAGACGUUAACAUUGAUUUUCAACACGAUUUACUGUUUAUUUGGAGAUCAACAAACAAAUCCUACAUAUUGGAUAAUCUGACAUUCGUAUAUAAAACACCUGAAGCACAUAUUGAAUUUUAUAUGUGGUGCAUAGUGGUGAUACGCAUGGUUAAAUACACCCAUCUUAGUGGAAUUAUAAAACGUAUGCAGAAUCCUCAUCAAAGAACAAAUUCCGUUUCUGAAAGAACGCUCGAACUCAUCUGCGCAAGAUCUGUGUCUUGGUAUAUGAAUUUUGCAGUUGCAUACGGUAUUGUGGACAAAAACUUCCAAACUACAACUGGUCGAAAGGUGAGAUUUAUGAUUGAACAACUCAGAGAUGAGUUGAGAGAAAACAUUCGAAAGGCCGAUUGGUUGGAUGAAGAAACAAGAGCCUCAAAUUUGGAAAAAUUGGAAUAUAUGAGUAGUUUUAUAGGAGUGCCUGAUUGGUUUUUCGAAAAAUCUGGACUGGAGAAGCAUUAUAGAAAUUUUUUCCAUUGGGGAUCCUCAUAUUUCCAAUGUAUGAUUUCGGAUUAGACGUGUUGAAUUAUGCAGUGAUUGGUACUAUAAUUGGUCAUGAGUUAACUCAUGGAUUCGACACGAAAGGCAUAAAUUAUGAUAAAUACGGAAACAAUCGACAGUGGUGGUCUGAAAAAUCCGAAAUCAAAUUC